GUUUCCCACACCGUGCCCAUCUACGAAGGUUACGCCCUUCCCCAUGCCAUCCUCCGUCUGGACUUGGCCGGUCGCGACUUGACCGACUACCUCAUGAAGAUCCUCACCGAGAGAGGCUACAGCUUCACCACCACGGCUGAGCGUGAGAUCGUCCGCGACAUCAAGGAGAAACUUUGCUAUGUCGCCCUGGACUUCGAACAGGAAAUGGCCACCGCCGCGGCCAGCACCUCUCUCGAGAAGAGCUACGAGUUGCCUGACGGACAGGUGAUCACCAUUGGUAACGAGAGGUUCCGU